UCAUCAUCUUUAUAUAAUAAACGCUGGAUACACUGGGCGCUGGGACCCAGUGGCAGUCGGCUGAUUGCCAUUUUUAUCCUCUACCAAUCCCCUUUCGGUCCGAAAUCUCCUUUAUAUAAUUACGCUGGGCCAAAGAGUAACCCAGGCAGCGCUCGGAAGCAGCCGCUUUUCUGGUGUGAAGUGCUCCGCUUGGAGACAAAGAAAAAGAUGGCCUCUCCAAGGACAAUCACCAUCGUAGCCCUUUCUUUGGCCCUUGGCUUGUUUUUUGUAUUUAUGGGCACGAUCAAGCUUACACCGAGACUAAGCAAAGAUGCAUACAGUGAGAUGAAACGGGCGUACAAGAGUUAUGCCAAGGCUUUGCCAGGCCUGAAGAAGGUGGGCAUCAGCUCAGUACUGCUGCGCAAGGUCAUUGGAACACUGGAGGUGGCCUGUGGGAUAGUAAUGACGCUGGUCCCCGGGAAGCCCAAGGACGUGGCCAACUUCCUGCUGCUGCUGGUCAUGCUGGUGGUGCUGUUUUUUCACCAGCUGGUGGGUGACCCCCUGAAACGCUAUGCCCACGCCCUGGUCUUUGGCAUUCUUCUUACCUGUCGCCUCCUGGUGGCCCGGCAGAAUGAGGACCAGCCUGAAAGAGAGGAGAGCAGGGAGCAGCUGGUCAACAAUCAGGAGAAAAAUAAAGUAAAAUUGUCAUAAAUCAAGCACAGGAACAUGGCUAUAGCACGAGAAAGUUGGGGAGUAUCUUCAGAUGACAGAGAUUCUAAACUAGUGAGAGGAAAAAUGGCCACUUGCUGCAAAAUUUUUGAUCCAGAAUGCUUGCCAUCUGGCCAUCUGGUGGUCAGAUUACAUUAAACAAUUCCCUCCACUCUGUUAUUCCAACCACCAUAACCUUUCACCCUAACAUGGAACAGUCACAUGGUGUCACUGCACCAGCUUUGGAGGAAAACACCAUUUAUAGGGAAAGUUGUUAAAAUUCUUUAUUCAAUUAAAACUUUUAAAAUUGACACACCAUGUUAGUUCACAAAAAAAUUGAUUAUUGGAAUAUGUUGCUUUGUGGUUUAUGUGAUUUUAAAACAUUUUGUUCUUUUUAGUAUUUUUAUAUUAAGAAGGUAAACUGUAUUGCUCAGUUUACAAAGGAAAAAUAGCUGAGUCCUAAUAAUUUUUACCACUGAGGCUUGCAUUAGAUUUAGGUUAAACUGUCUCAAUGUGUGUCAUGAAUAGGGUACGUGCCUGGACAAAUAUGUGGAAAGAAGAUGAAUUUUUAUGUAUUCUUUUUGCUAUAUCAUUUGCAGGCAUUACAAAAUGAAUGACCAAUUGUGUUUGUAUUUAUUUCAAUAGGCUCUCCAUAUUAUGAGUGAAUAUGUUGCAUUAUGUUAUAGGGCAGAGUUCUGCCUUUCUUAAAGGGCAAAGCCAUUUUGAUAAUUUUCUGACUUUUUUGUCAUUUUUCUUGCCAUACUUAAUGGUCAUCUCUAAAACAACUUUUAGACUUUAUUUGUUUAUCUGACUGAAGAAACAAAUUAGUCCAGAGAUAAUAGGUCACAAGAAAUGUAUUGUGUUCGAGUUUUCUAUCCAUGUACGAUCUUAUCAGGAUCUUUGCUUUUUAAAAGUACUGUAAAUUCGGAAAAUUGGUUAUUGUUUGAGGUAUUUAUUUAUUUCGUGCAUAAUGUUUCGGACCAAAAAGGGAACAAUUGGUCUUAUGAUUUGAGUUGUUGCUGUGGAUCGUGAAAUCCAUUGUUAAGGCAUACUUUACAACUCCGCAUCAAACAUGUCAUAUUUGCACUGCUUUGGGCAAUUAACAUGAAACCAAACUCAGGUUUAAAGGAGAAGACGCAGGUCAGGUUUUCCUGCCUUAGUAGGAAAACCUGACGGGUGUACUACGAAGUAUGUUAACUGGCGAGGUUUUUGAGGCAUUUGGGUACUACGAAUCGUAAGCUGCCUUACGUUUACCUGCAGCCUUUGGGUUAAAACGGCCGUAAGUUUCCGAGCGGGGGCGGGUAUUAGUUUGCGGUGUCGACCUCCCCCUUCAUGUCAAAGUGCGCAGACAAACCCCUCGCCAGUUUUUUAUAGUUAAAGUUAGGUAGGGGCGUGUAAAAUUCGCUUCGUAGCACACCGUACUGUUCUGUUGACUCCGGGAAGGCAGCGAUCCUUUUGACAACGUGGUACAAAAUUUGACAAAAAAAAAUAUUUAGAUAAAAUGUGCAUUUCGUUUUCCUGUUUGUUUUAAUAAAGCUGUGGGUCGAAAA